AUGCAGCGGUUCCUGCAACUCAGCGCGGAAGAGGCGUCGAUGGCCCUGCGGCCAACCCUCGUCAAGGGUCGAUGGAAGAAUCCGAUGAUUUCCCUUCGUCAGCAAGCGACCGUUAAGAAGGUUGCCAUCCAGAAUGGCACGAUCGGUACGUGGACGCCUGGUCAGGGCGGCUGGUUGGCCGAAUGGGACGCCCCGAAGAAACACACCGUGAUGCGCUCCCCCAAGGGCCAUGCCAACGAACGCAAGGAAGAAGAUCGUGUCAAGAAGAUCCAAGCGGCCAUGGCAUCCAUGCCGAAGAAGAUCGAAGAGCACAGAGCCGCCUUGCUCAAGGCGAAGCCCGUCAAGGGGCUCGAAAAAUGGCUCAACGAAACGAGCGCUUAUUAG